AGCGAGAGACGGUGGCGCGACAAGGGCCCUCAAGCCCGGCCACCAUGAGCACCAAGCAAGUCACUUGCAGGUAUUUUAUGCAUGGUGUGUGUCGGGAAGGAAACCAGUGCCUGUUCUCACAUGACUUGGCCAACAGCAAGCCAUCCACCAUCUGCAAGUACUAUCAGAAGGGCUACUGCGCCUAUGGGACUCGUUGCAGAUACGAUCACACGAGACCUUCUGCUGCAGCUGGUGGUGCUGUGGGCACUGUGCCCCAUGGCGUGUCCUCCCCGGGUUUCCAUAGUCCUCACCCUGCUUCUGACCUCACUGCAUCUAUUGUGAAAACUAACUUACAUGAGCCUGGGAAACGUGAAAAGAGAACACUGGUACUUCGAGACCGAAAUCUCUCUGGCAUGGCUGAAGAAAAGACUUGCCCAAGUGUGGUGAGUAAUCCAGGAGGCUGCAGCGAUCUCCAGAAUGGCCCAGAGAUGAAGCCGCAUUCCUACCUCGAUGCCAUCAGGAGUGGCCUUGAUGACUUAGAAGCCAGCAGCUCCUACAGCAGUGAGCAGCAGCUGUGCCCCUACGCGGCUGCUGGGGAGUGCCGAUUUGGGGAUGCUUGUGUCUACCUGCACGGGGAAGUGUGUGAAAUCUGUAGGUUACGAGUGCUGCACCCCUUUGACCCAGAGCAAAGGAAAGCUCAUGAGAAGAUCUGCAUGUCGACAUUCGAACACGAGAUGGAAAAGGCCUUUGCCUUCCAAGCAAGUCAGGACAAAGUGUGCAGUAUCUGCAUGGAAGUGGUCCUUGAGAAGGCGUCUGCUUCUGAGAGGAGGUUCGGGAUUCUCUCCAACUGCAAUCACACGUACUGCCUGUCCUGCAUUCGGCAGUGGAGGUGUGCCAAGCAGUUUGAGAACCCAAUCAUUAAGUCUUGUCCAGAAUGCCGUGUGAUAUCAGAGUUUGUAAUCCCAAGUGUGUACUGGGUAGAAGAUCAGAAUAAAAAGAAUGAGUUGAUCGAAGCUUUCAAACAGGGAAUGGGGAAAAAAGCUUGUAAAUACUUUGAGCAAGGCAAAGGGACCUGCCCAUUUGGAAGCAAAUGCCUUUACCGCCAUGCUUACCCUGACGGGCGGCUGGCAGAGCCUGAGAAACCUCGGAAGCAGCUCAGUUCUGAGGGCACUGUGAGGUUCUUUAAUUCAGUGCGACUCUGGGAUUUCAUUGAGAACCGAGAAAGCCGGCAUGUCCCCAAUACUGAAGACGUUGACAUGACAGAGCUUGGGGACCUCUUCAUGCACCUGUCUGGAGUGGAGUCGUCAGAACCCUAAGGAGUAGCCAGUUACCCCUGUACCUUGGGCUCUGCCGGCCAAGCCUUCCCAAGCUAGGGCGUGCGGAGCUUCCUUCACUGCAGCCUGAGCUGCACCUGACCUUGGUCUCAUCCACUCCAUUAUUACAGCCGUGGGAGGAGUGAAGGAUAUAAAAUAGCCCAACAAGUACAUGGAAUCGCUACUUUUAUAGUUGAUCUCUUUAGUUGCAUCUCAAGCUCCUCAGAGGGACCAGCUGACCAGCCAGAUGGGAGUUUUGAUUGAUUGCUUUUAAAAACAACCUGGCUCCUAUCCUUGAGCUUUAGCUCCCUAGAAACAGUCACCGUGCAGAUUCGUUUUUCUUAACCAGGUAUUCCUCACCCUUAUAAAACGAUUCCUCUCUAGUCGAUUUCCCUAGUGUACUUAGUGUGUAGUCAAAACUGUUUCUUGAAAAGCUCUGUAUAAAUCAAGUGGGCACCACACACCUUAGCCUAAAACUUGUGCUCUUCAGUGUCCCAAAUCAGAGCAGGAGUCCCGUUGCCGUGUGUUCAAUAAAUUCCCUGUAAGGAGGGGGCUCUUGAAGUAGCAGGCAGUGUAGGGCAGAGGUAUGGCCCCUCGUUUCUGGUUGGGUGUUGGGGCCACAUGCUCCAGGGAAACACGUCCCCGGCUGUCACCGGUGGGCUUUCCUGGGGCUCUCUUUGGGCUCAUGCCCCACGGGUAGUUUUACUGAGGGUCAACACACACACACAUGCUCUUCCGUGUGGCCCCUGCUCAAAGCCACGUGUUCUGUCUGUAAGCCUGGCUUUGAUUUGAACUUUUAGUAAGAAGUGAAAUGGCACGCAGCAGUUUCUGGUUCUGACCCAGCAGUGGUCCUGAACAGAACAAGUCCUCUGUCAUCAGUUGUGACUUUAAUUGAAGGAACAUAACUUUGUGAAUCAGAACAAAUUCACCCCAGGCCUGAAUUAAUCUAUUUUUAUAAAUAGGUAUAGAUACCAAAUAUUUUAUAAAAUGCAUUAAAGUGUAGGUAGAAAAAGGUUUACUCUUACCUGAGUUUAGAAUGCUUGCUUUUUCCAUUUUUUAUAGUUAACUCUUUAGUGAAGGGUGACAGCACAAAGACUGAAUUAGAUUCCUUCGCAGCAGAGGCUCUGGGCCUGUUUCCUGCUGCUUGAGUUCUUGCUCCAGGAGGGAUGAACAAAUGGGAGAGUUUAAGCUGUAAGCUCAGUAUUUAAAAGGAAGAAACAGCCAUUAAACCUACAUUUAAUUUAUUUUAUUAAAAUAACAUAAUUGAACCAUCAGAUAACUGUAUUUUGUCAGGCGCAAUAAAAACAAAAUUAAAACCCAAAUCAUCAAGAAAACCUGUAUUCCUGGCUUCCUUGCAUACACGUGAUGUGACUGAAGAGAAAGGCUGGCCCGGCGGCCCCGCCCCAUAGGGGCAGCUCCUGGAAGACAGAUUCAGCAUGAUGGAAGACUGCUCCCUGAGAGAGCGGAGACUGGGAGGGGCAGGCCAAACGCCUCUUCGGAAAACCGUCCCAAUGCACUGGAGACCUCCAAGGAAAGGAAGUGCCCCCAAAGUCAAGGUCCAUAGUUCCAUAGUACCAACGCAGGUUCCUUCAGGCGGCCGUCGUCUCGACAGUCCUGGGCUGUUUGGUGCGUUAUGUGCAAAACUACCUGUUUGGCGCCAUACCACUAACUCUGAAGAACGGUCCUUCCGUGACAAGCAUUCCACAUAGGAGCUGAUGCCCCAAAUCCACAUGUCCACAUCAGGGCUGGUUUGUCUGCUACCUUCAUUUCCCCUCUGAGUGCUUUUUCUUGCCCUAAA